CUUUGAAAAAAAAAAAAAAUUUCUUUUUGUGAAAUAAACACACACAAGUUUCAGUUUCCCCCCCGAAACAAAUCAUUCACUGAUUUCGCAUCAAUCAGAAUGGAAGCCGAAACACGAAGAAAAGUUGAAGAAAUGGUUUUAGAUAUACUCAAAAAAUCCAACAUUGAUGAAACCACCGAGUUCACCAUUCGUGUUGCCGCCUCUGAACGACUCGGUAUCGACCUUUCCGGCCCAGAGACCAAGCAGUUCGUCAGAACCAUCAUCGAGUCUUAUCUUCUCUCUAUCGCCACCGACGCAGACAAACCCCCUCAAGAACCACCGCAAGAGACACCCAAGGAAGUUGAACCACCACAACCACAAGAGUUCAAUAAGGUGGUGGGUGUCAAACGCAAAAACGACGAUUCAGAAGACGUUAUUUGCCAGCUAUCAGCCAGGAGGAAUGUGGCGGUUCGAGAUUUCAAAGGGAUGACAUUGGUUUCAAUUAGGGAGUUCUACACUAAAGAUGGAAAACAGCUUCCCACUGCUAAAGGGAUAAGUUUAUCUGCUGAACAAUGGUCAGCUUUCAAGAAUUUUGUUCCCGCUAUAGAGGAAGCUAUCACUAAGUUGGAUGGAAGGAUAAGAUCAGAGCAUAAUGGCAGGAAAAUUGGAGAAGCUUCAAGUUCAGUUGUUGAUGUUCCCGUUGAGCCUGUCCCUGUUCAGUCUGUCCGUGUUGAGCCUGUCCCUGUUCAGUCUGUCCGUGUUGAGCCUGUCCCUAUUGAGAUCAUCCGUUUUGAUGGGAAGAAUUACCAAGUUUGGGCUGAACAGAUGGAGUUACUCUUGAAACAGUUAAAGAUCAAUUACGUGCUCACUGAACCAUGUCCAAAUGCUACAUUAGGGGAAAAAGAUGCAAGUGCUGGAAAGAUUGCUGAAACAAAAGCUGCUGAAAAGAGAUGGGUAAAUGAUGAUUCAUUAUGUCGUCGGAACAUCUUGAACCAUUUAUCUGAUAGUCUGUUCAACAAGUAUGCGAAUAGAAAAAUGAGUGCUAUUGAGUUAUGGGAAGAGUUAAAAUCUGUUUAUCUGUAUGAGGAAUACGGAACAAAGAGAUCUCAGGUGAAAAAGUAUAUUGAAUUUCAAAUAGUUGAUGAAAAAUCAGUUGUUCACCAAAUUCAAGAACUUAAUAGCAUUGCAGACUCUGUUGCUGCUGUCGGAAUGCAUAUUGAAGAGAACUUUCACGUUAGUGUCAUCAUUUCAAAGCUUCCGCUAUCCUGGAAAGACUUUUGCAUUAAGUUAAUGUGCGAAGAGCAUCUACCUUUCUGUAAGUUAAUGGAAUGCGUAACAAAAGAGGAAGAAUAUCGCAAUGGAGUCAAACAAAUGGGUGAACCUCCUUCUGAUAAUGUAAGAUUUCACCAUGCCAAUAAAGGGGGACUCAGAGAGGCUGACAUUAAGCCGCCACCAGGUUUUCAAAGGAAAUUUGAAUCUAAUGGCAAGAACAUUGCCUGUUAUAUUUGUGGGCAGAAGGGGCAUAUUUCUAAAAACUGUUGGAGAUGGAUGUAAUUAAGUGCUUUUAAAUUGUGGUAGUUAGUCAUUUUUGGGCGAUUAAAAAUGUUCAUAACCGUGUGAAAUUAAUGUGAAUUUUGUUAUCAAGUUAUUGGCUGAUUGAAUUAUAAACUUGCAACCGUUGUUGUCAAA